AACCCAGGGAUCGAACCUGGGUCUCCUGCAUUGCAGGUGAUUCUUUACCACCUGAGCCACUUGGGAAGCUGGACUCGGUUGCAAGGUGAUGUGCUCUCCCAUCGCGUCGGCCAGCCCUCUUUCAGACUCCAGCUCUUCCUUUUCUACUCCUCAUGCUUUUACACGCAGUUUAUUUUCUAUACUCACGUCAAACAAAAGGUUCAGGAGAGUGGCAUGAGUUAGAAACUGGAGCUCUGCUAUUUAAAGGACUUUAUAGCCCAAGUGCAUGCUAUGUUAAAUAUUUAAUAGGAUAAGGGAAAAACUAUAUACCUAGUGUAUAUUAUUAGUAUUUACUUUGAGUAAUGAAGCAUAUGAAAGCCAGACUUGGUGUAGAUAAGCUACAGUGCAUUUGGUACUCCCAACAUUAUCACUUUUUUCUCAGUAUUUUAAAUGUUUACUUGGGUAUUAUUGUCAUGUUAAUAGUGUUGAUUUUAUGUGUAGAUCAUUUAAGGGUUCUGUUUUACGGGCAUGAAUAGUAUUGUCUUACUGACUUCUUUAUAUCCAAGGUAAAAUCCACUGAUAGCUGCCUCUUCUUUAUUAAAUGCUUCGAUGACACUGUUCAUAGCUUCAGGGUUCCCAAGAACAGCCUUCAGCAGACAAGAGAGGACUGGCUGGAAGCAAUAGAAGAGCAUUCUGCUUACAGCACGCACUAUUGUUCCCAAGACCAAAUGACUGAUGACGAAGAGGAUGAUGCAGUUUCUGCUGUAGACUUGAAGGAAUCCUUAGAGAAAGCACAGAUAUGCCAACAGAGACUAGAUAGAGAAAUAUCCAACUUUCUCAAGAUGAUCAGGGAGUGUGACAUGGCUCAAGAAGUGCUUCCAUCGUUUCUUCAGAAAGUUGAAGUUGUCGCCGAAGCUUCUAGAGAAACUUGUGUAGCUUUGAGUGACUGCCUUCAUCUCUUCACUAAACAAGAAGGGGUGAGGAAUUUUAAAUUGGAACAGGAACAAGAAAAAAACAAAAUUUUAUCAGAAGCGCUGGCGACUCUAGCCACUGAACAUCACGAAUUAGAGCAGUCUCUGGUUAAAGGUUCCCCGCCUCUGAGCAUCUUUAGUGAGGACGAGUUCUAUGAUGCUCUGUCAGAUUCCGAGUCCGAAGGGUCCCUGAGCAGGCUGGAAGCAGUGACGGCGCACUCCUUUGACGAGGAAGCAGACCCCCCGAGCAGCAGACAGCACAGCAUGUCCGAGGGCAAGGACUGUGGUGGUGGAGACGCGCUCUCCAAUGGCAUCAAAAAGCACAGAACAAGCCUGCCCUCCCCUAUGUUUUCCAGAAAUGACUUCAGUAUCUGGAGCAUCCUCAGAAAAUGUAUUGGAAUGGAACUCUCCAAGAUCACCAUGCCAGUUAUAUUUAACGAGCCUUUGAGCUUCCUCCAGCGACUCACUGAGUAUAUGGAGCAUACAUACCUCAUCCACAAGGCCAGUUCGUUUGCUGAUCCUGUGGAAAGGAUGCAGUGUGUAGCUGCAUUUGCUGUCUCCGCUGUUGCUUCUCAGUGGGAACGCACUGGCAAGCCUUUCAACCCACUUCUGGGAGAGACUUAUGAAUUAGUGCGAGAUGACCUUGGCUUCAGACUCAUCUCUGAGCAGGUCAGCCAUCACCCACCCAUUAGUGCAUUUCAUGCUGAAGGAUUAAACAAUGAUUUCAUCUUUCAUGGCUCAAUCUAUCCCAAACUGAAGUUCUGGGGGAAGAGCGUAGAAGCAGAGCCCAAAGGAACCAUCACGUUGGAGCUUCUUGAACACAAUGAAGCAUAUACGUGGACGAAUCCUACCUGCUGUGUGCACAACAUCAUCGUGGGAAAGCUCUGGAUUGAGCAAUACGGGAACGUGGAGAUCACAAACCACAAGACUGGGGACAAAUGUGUGUUGAAUUUUAAGCCGUGCGGCCUUUUUGGUAAAGAAUUACACAAAGUUGAAGGCUACAUUCAAGAUAAAAGCAAAAAGAAGCUCUGUGCCCUCUACGGGAAAUGGACAGAAUGUUUGUACAGUGUUGACCCAGCCACAUUUGAUGCUUACAAAAAAAAUGAUAAGAAAAAUACUGAAGAGAAGAAGAAUAGCAAACAGGUGAGCGCUUCUGAGGAGUCGGAUGAAAUGCCAAUGCCGGAUUCCGAGAGCGUGUUUGUCAUCCCCGGGAGCGUUCUCCUGUGGCGAAUAGCCCCACGGCCUCCGAACUCAGCCCAGAUGUACAAUUUUACUAGCUUUGCAAUGGUUUUGAAUGAAGUAGACAAGGAGAUGGAGAGCGUGAUCCCUAAGACAGACUGCAGGCUGCGGCCUGACAUCAGAGCCAUGGAGAACGGGGAAAUAGAUCAAGCUAGUGAAGAAAAAAAGCGACUCGAGGAGAAACAGCGAGCAGCCCGCAAGAACAGGUCCAAGUCGGAGGAGGACUGGAAGACAAGGUGGUUCCAUCAAGGCCCUAAUCCCUACAGCGGAGCCCAGGACUGGCUUUAUUCAGGCAGCUACUGGGACAGAAACUACUUCAAUUUGCCUGACAUUUAUUAAAAUGUAGACAAGUUGGGGCGUUUUGACGCAUCUGCAGAUAAGUCUUAAACCUAUGUUUUAAAAUUUUCUUCCUUGGUUUCUACUCAUCUUAAAAAAAAAAAAAAUGGAAAAAACCCUCUCAUGAUAACUUGCACUUCACCCAACAGAAGUGGGGUAUAGGGUGAUACCAGUGAUGAAAGUCUUAAGAAAAAUGGGUAAUUCUGCUAUCCGGUCGUGCUUCUUUGGAAUACUAUUUUAUACAGAGGUAUGGGAAACUGCUGGCGAAUAUGCUUUUGAUGGUUGCUGUUACCAUAUUUACCGAAGGUUUAUACCUAAAUGUAACUUUAGCUUUAUUGAAUUAUAUAGUAACCCAGAUCAAGUUAUUUUGAAUAUUUUUAUGCCGUCAUGCUUGAAUGUUUUAGAUUUAACUUUGAAAUGUUUAAAAUUCUCCUGUACAAGGUUUAUAUGCUCAAAUAUAGAGGUGUAUGUCAUUUUGUAAAGACUACAUUGAAAAGAUGGCUUUUCUUUACACGAAUCCUCUCAAUUUUGCCCCCUCCCAUCCCUAAAAAGAAAAAAAAAUGAAUGUUAAGAGACAUUCCUAAUUUGAAAAUUCAAAACUGGAAAAGGUAUUUCAUUUGCUCAUUUUAGUACUCUGAAUUUACUUUUACAAUUUUCUAUAAUUAAUGUCAUUAGAAUUAAGAGGUGUUUGAAUUGUAUGUUUGAAAAUAUGUAUAAAACCUAGCAAUUCACAAAAAUACCAUAGAAAUAGAGGUUUUAGGCACCAUCAUUACAUAAUGACAAACGUUUUUAAAUGCCACCAGAGCAGCUCAGUUUAUUCAUGUAUUAUAAAUGUCAAACUAUAUAAAAGGAGGUCUUGUGCAUUUCAGGUUUUCAAGGCACCUGUGUACUUAAGAUAUGUACGGAGACCUACUGUACAGUAGCUUUGCCCCUUUAAUUGGGGUACAUUAAUCAUAUGGUAUUUAUCUACCCAACCCCAGACUGAGAUUUUGCUCCCAGGGGCCUUAGAUAACUGCCAGUAAGUUAUUUCAAUGGCUGUCUCAAAGUUAACAAGUGUUAUAAUGAAAUAAUCUACCUGAUGCUAAUAAAGGCUUUAGAAUGUUCUAAA